AUGUAUGAACUAUCCCCACUCGCCAGAAUUGACCACCCCGUGCGCUACUACCUCAUCGACUUCGGGAUUUCUAGCCAUUUUCUCGAAGGAUCCUCGAGAUAUGUCACCGAACUCAAGAGUAGAGAUAAGGAGGUUCCAGAGCUGUCCGCGGACGUACCCUACGAUGCGAUGAAGGUGGACAUCUUUACACUUGGGAACUUAUAUCGCAAGGAAUUCCUGCAAAAGUAUCAUGGCCUCGACUUCCUACUACCAUUAAAAGAGGCAGCGACACAGCAGCAGCUCGAACGCCGCCCGACAGCUGAGGUUGCCUUUGCGAUCUUUGAAGACAUCAGCUUGUGCCUAAUCAGUUCUCUCCUUCGAUGGCGACUGCGAUCUCGUGCCGAGUCGCAACCUGAACGGGUGCUCUAUGAAACCGUAGCCGUGGCGCGAGAAGGGAUAUACCACUUCAAACGCCUGGUGACAUGA